ACAUAACCUCUUGACAACCUUUUCCGAUGAAGCUUGAAUGUGCCUGUCUAAAUCUGUGCAUUUUCCCGUUUUAUUUCAAUAAUUAUCUCGAUACAUGACGGUUUUUAUCAUAAAUUAACUUUUAAUCUUCUCGUUCUGGUUUGAUAGAGUCGUGGUCAGCCAUAACUGAGACGUGACCAUGGCGUUUCAGGUGUACUGUCAGAUUUUGAGGCGGUCUGUCAUGACACCGUCUGCACUGUCGAAGCUGAGUGUCCCAGUAACAUGUUCAGCAAUCGUGUUUGCUGCCUCUGAAAGUGAGAAGAAGGAUAGCAAAACUUUGAUUAAACCGAGUGAAUUGCCUUUCUAUGACCCAGUGAAAGAGGUCAAAAGCAGUGAACCACAGAAAAAUGAUGAAGAGCCCUCAGUUGUUCUGGAGUACAUUGGCAUUGCACGCCGUGAAGUAUGGAAGCUCAAAGAAAGUUUCUCUGAACUAACUGGUGAAGCAUACAGCACAGUUGGAGAUGUUCGGAAACAAGUUGAUGAGGGCAUUGAUUACUUACGGAAAGAGGAGCAUUUCCCAGAGCAGAUUGCUUUUAUCACUGUUGGUGGUAUCACUGGACUCUUGCUCGCAUUCCGUAAAGGUUUCUUCAAGAAGCUGCUUUACAUGGCAUCCUUUGCCGCUGGAUCAGCAGCUAUUGUGUAUCCCGAUCAAGCCUCUUUUUACUGGGAAACUGGAAAGGAACAUUCUGGGAGAACAGGGACUAUCUUAUAUGAAUUCCUCAACGGAUUAACCCGUGAUUAUGCUGGAUUUGAUCUGCCAACUUUGUCAGAUUUUUCAUUUUCCCCUAUGAAGAAUGACAGUGAGACUGCUAAGGACCCUCCGGCGAAACAGUAAUUCAAAAUUUGAAGAAGUUCAAGUAUUAUUGGUGGAUGAUCAGGUUUUUCUGUCGGUCAAAAUUUAUAGUUAUCAUACAUAGCGGUCUGUUCCUAAAUCUAGCAGUCAAAAAGUCUGUUAGAGGUCGCCGAGCCUACAUAAAAUCACCGGUUUUAACCCAACAAGUCAACUUGCGGACGUAGUUGUCAUCUCAUUGAAUGUAAAUUAUCUCUUUUUAAUUUGUUUCUCUUUCAUUGUUUCUGUUGUAGAUAUUUCUGAUUUUCAGAAUCAUUUUUUAUGAUUUUUGCCGGCCAUAAAAUAAUUUUCAAUUUUUGAGGGUACAUCUCUUAUUGAGUGCUCUUUAGGACCCAACCAUAAGAUUGACCAUGAGUAAAGAGCUGUGAGAGACUAGAAAAAUCAAAAGUUUGAUGCAGUGUUUUGCAAAUAGAGAGAAAUGAUUUUUUUUUUUACUCUUUUUAAUGAUUAUCGAGUCAUUGAAAUUAUUGGACAGUUAAAUGUCAACUUUAAUGCUGGUUUCACCUGUUUUUCUCAAGAAGACGUGAGACAUUUUUCCUCGUUGUUAAAUUAUUGUUUCAAAUAAAAAUAUUUUAAAUACUUAA